UCUGUGAGGGACGUUUGGAAACUGUCAUGGAGCUGCCACCGACACUGCCGCUGAUGCUGCUACUGCUGGCUAUCUGGAUACCAAGGUCAACGGCCAAAGUGGUGCAGGGCCAUCUCCGCACCAGAGAGCAAUGGGCGUUUCUGACGAGGUUCUGCUUCCUGUCUGGAGAGGGCAAGUUUUCCUAUCAGAUAGAAUACGAUGCGAAGUACGCAGUGCAAAAGCUGCUGCUCUAUUACGACACAGACGACCAGUGGCCAGCGAUCUACAAUACGGGAAAGACGUGCUCGGAGAAAUUGUCGGUGCUCAGUGACCCGAUGCGCCACCAGUUCAUCAACCUCAGCUCCCAGCUCAGCACCUUCAGUGGCUGCGAGAUGAGGCGUGAGACGGGCCGCGAGCCCACCUACUUCUGCGUCGGCAACCGCACCUUCAUCUCCUCCAGGGAGCGCUGGUGGUUCAUAGCCGUCAGCAACUGCGACUCGGAAAAGGGUCUCGACCUGAAGUAUGACUUUCUGAUGACUAAUGGUCCCGAGGAGAACUCCUGGUUAUACCACUUCUCAGCCGACGAAAUGUAUAUUCUGCGGACCAACAUAUGCAUGCUGUGCGGCCAGCUAGUCGUCCUCUUCGCAAGCAUCAUCUUAUCCGUGGAGCUGAGGAACCGGGGCCUGUUCCACACCACCUACAAGCUGUUCAUGGCGUCGCUGCUGCUGCAGACGGCCGGCCUGGCGCUCCUCUGCGCCGCCUACGCCCGAUACGCACAGGACGGCGUCGGCCUGCCAAAGUCCAAACUGAUCGGUCGUGUUCUGGAGGCUGGCAGCGACUUCACCUUCCUGCUUCUGCUGCUGCUCUGCGCUAAGGGCUACACCAUCACUCGCGGGAGGCUGCGGCAGGCCAGCGCCAUCAAGCUGACCAUCUUCCUCGCCCUCUACGUAGCUACCUGGGCCGUGCUCUUCGUCUACGAGCAGGUGUUUUUCGACCCCGGCGAGGUGCUCUACCUGUACGAGUCGCCCGGCGGCUACGGCCUGAUGCUGCUGAAGCUGCUCGGCUGGGCCAUGUUCAUCUACUCCACCUCGUUCACCAUCAAACACUACCCGGAAAAGUGGAGCUUCUACCUGCCCUUCUCCAUGUACUACACCGUCUGGUUUCUCUCGGCGCCGAUGGUCAUCAUGUGCUCCAACUACCUCAUCGACAAGUGGGUGCGAGAGAAGGUGGUCAACGGCGUGGAGCACGGCAUCGCCUGGUGCGGACAGGUGUUCUUUCUGAUUCUGACGCGUCCAACGGCGGCCAACAAGAACUUCCCGUUUCACGUGCGGACCUCCCAGAUCAGCAUCAUGGAGCAGCGCCCGAACGGUACGGCCGGCAACAACAACCUGGACCACUUCAGCGCGCACCCGUACGCGCCCAGCGCGCCGAACGGGGGUCCGUGGCGCGGCGCCGACCGCCAGAGCACGCCCACCGAGCUGUUCGUCAUCUCGGCGCCGCAGAUGAUCCCGUCUGUGCCCGGCGACAAGCCGUACAUCAAACAGGAUGCCAGCUUUCCUCACCAACGAAACGGCAACGUACUGGAGAACUGACAACGCUGCCAGUGAUACCGAGUCGUCUCCUAACACAACGUCACACAAGCCGCGGAUAACGUCACAGUAUAGUAUGAUACCAGCUGCAAAUGACGUCGACUCUGAGACACUCGGUCGCCAGAGGCCGAUCUUGAAUAUAGUUUUCGGCCAACAGUUUAGAGCUCAUGACGAACGAUGAUGAUGUUUUAGGGCGCCUUGACUGCGGUGGUCAUCGGCGCCCAAACUUAAAAGCUCAGAAUCCCCA